GGCGCCCAACGAUGACCGCUCCCUGGCGGCGCCUCCGGAGUCUGGUUUGGGAAUACUGGGCCGGGCUCCUCGUGUGCGCCUUCUGGAUCCCAGACUCGCGCGGGAUGCCCCACGUCAUCCGGAUCGGAGGAAUCUUUGAGUAUGCAGAUGGCCCCAACGCCCAGGUCAUGAAUGCGGAGGAGCAUGCCUUUCGAUUUUCUGCCAAUAUCAUCAACAGAAACAGGACUCUGCUGCCCAACACAACCUUGACUUACGACAUCCAGAGGAUUCACUUCCAUGACAGCUUCGAGGCCACCAAGAAGGCCUGUGACCAGCUGGCACUGGGCGUGGUGGCCAUCUUCGGGCCGUCCCAGGGCUCCUGCACCAAUGCUGUCCAGUCUAUCUGCAAUGCCCUGGAGGUUCCCCACAUCCAGCUGCGUUGGAAGCACCACCCACUGGACAACAAGGAUACCUUCUAUGUGAACCUCUACCCUGACUACGCCUCGCUCAGCCAUGCCAUCCUUGACCUGGUCCAGUCCCUGAAGUGGCGGUCGGCCACAGUGGUCUAUGACGACAGCACAGGUCUCAUCCGGCUGCAGGAACUCAUCAUGGCCCCAUCCAGGUACAACAUCCGCUUGAAGAUCCGCCAACUCCCCAUCGAUUCCGAUGACUCACGACCCCUGCUCAAGGAGAUGAAGCGGGGCCGGGAGUUCCGCAUCAUCUUUGACUGCAGCCACACCAUGGCAGCCCAGAUCCUCAAGCAGGCCAUGGCCAUGGGCAUGAUGACGGAGUACUAUCACUUCAUCUUCACCACUCUGGAUCUCUACGCACUAGACCUGGAGCCCUACCGCUACUCAGGGGUGAACCUGACUGGGUUCCGUAUCCUCAACGUGGACAACCCCCAUGUCUCAGCCAUCGUGGAGAAGUGGUCCAUGGAGCGGCUGCAGGCAGCUCCCCGGACAGAGUCUGGCCUGCUGGACGGAGUGAUGAUGACGGAUGCAGCCCUGCUCUACGACGCUGUCCACAUCGUGUCCGUGUGCUACCAGCGGGCGCCACAGAUGACUGUGAACUCUCUGCAGUGUCACCGGCAUAAGGCCUGGCGCUUUGGCGGCCGCUUCAUGAACUUCAUUAAGGAGGCUCAAUGGGAAGGAUUAACUGGACGGAUUGUUUUCAACAAAACCAGUGGUUUGCGGACCGAUUUUGAUCUGGACAUCAUCAGCUUGAAGGAGGAUGGCCUGGAAAAGGUUGGGGUAUGGAGUCCAGCUGAUGGUCUCAACAUCACUGAAGUUGCCAAAGGCCGAGGUCCUAAUGUCACUGACUCGCUGACAAAUAGGUCACUCAUUGUCACCACAGUGCUGGAGGAGCCCUUCGUCAUGUUUCGAAAAUCAGACAAGACCCUGUAUGGUAAUGACCGGUUUGAGGGCUACUGUAUUGACCUGCUCAAGGAGCUGGCACACAUUCUGGGCUUCUCCUAUGAAAUUCGGCUGGUGGAGGAUGGCAAGUACGGGGCGCAGGACGACAAGGGCCAGUGGAACGGCAUGGUCAAGGAGCUCAUUGACCACAAGGCAGAUCUGGCUGUGGCUCCCCUGACCAUCACCCAUGUCCGUGAGAAAGCCAUCGAUUUCUCUAAGCCCUUCAUGACCCUCGGCGUGAGCAUCUUGUAUCGAAAGCCCAAUGGCACCAACCCCAGCGUCUUCUCCUUCCUCAAUCCCCUUUCCCCGGACAUCUGGAUGUACGUGCUCCUUGCCUACCUGGGUGUCAGCUGUGUUCUCUUCGUCAUCGCCAGAUUCAGCCCUUAUGAAUGGUAUGACGCCCAUCCCUGCAACCCCGGCUCCGAGGUGGUGGAGAAUAACUUCACUCUGCUCAACAGCUUCUGGUUCGGAAUGGGUUCCUUGAUGCAACAAGGGUCUGAACUGAUGCCCAAAGCCCUCUCUACACGCAUCAUCGGUGGCAUCUGGUGGUUCUUUACGCUCAUCAUCAUCUCGUCCUACACGGCCAACCUGGCUGCCUUUCUGACCGUGGAGCGCAUGGAGUCACCCAUCGACUCUGCCGAUGACCUAGCCAAGCAGACCAAAAUCGAGUAUGGUGCUGUCAAGGACGGGGCCACCAUGACCUUCUUUAAGAAAUCCAAGAUUUCCACCUUUGAGAAGAUGUGGGCCUUCAUGAGCAGCAAGCCCUCAGCACUGGUGAAAAACAAUGAGGAGGGUAUCCAGCGGACACUCACGGCCGACUACGCGCUGCUCAUGGAAUCUACCACCAUCGAGUAUGUCACACAGAGGAACUGCAACCUCACCCAGAUCGGUGGCCUCAUCGACUCCAAGGGUUACGGCAUUGGCACACCCAUGGGCUCCCCCUACCGGGACAAGAUCACCAUCGCCAUCCUGCAGUUGCAGGAAGAAGACAAGCUGCAUAUCAUGAAGGAGAAGUGGUGGCGGGGCAGCGGGUGCCCCGAGGAAGAGAACAAAGAAGCCAGCGCACUGGGCAUCCAGAAGAUUGGCGGUAUCUUCAUCGUCCUGGCUGCAGGCCUGGUCCUGUCUGUGUUGGUAGCAGUGGGCGAGUUUGUGUACAAGCUCCGCAAGACAGCAGAGCGGGAGCAGCGUUCCUUCUGCAGCACAGUGGCCGACGAGAUCCGCUUCUCCCUCACCUGCCAGCGUCGUCUCAAACACAAGCCACAGCCUCCCAUGAUGGUCAAGACGGAUGCUGUCAUCAACAUGCACACCUUCAACGACCGCCGGCUUCCGGGCAAGGACAGCAUGAGCUGCAGCACCUCACUAGCCCCUGUCUUCCCCUAAGCACCAGUGCGGUGGGGACUUCAGAUCUGGUCCGUGCAGAAGAAAGCAAAGGAGACCCAAAGGGACAUCCUCAUCUCAUGCUGACCUGGGGACAGAGCUGCUGCCUGCAUCCAGCUGUGAACCCUCAGUCCUUACCUACUGGGAAACCAGCAGGAUCCAGGCCAGCUGCUUGGGCUUCAUCUCCUCUUGUCUCUUCUAUGGCUUUCUAAAGCUGCAAAGGCCAGGGGAAGCACAUACCCCUCAGGCUCCACUCACCACACUUCUCCUCUGCUCCAGAGCCAAGGUUUUCUGUCAUGGCCCUGCAGAGGCCCCAGAACACAGGAGAUGGCUCUUAUAUUCCCCUCCUUUCCCACAAGCCCAGGCCUCCUAGCACAUGACCAUGAGAGUAGAGACUCCAACCCUGGGCACCUGAAGAAUGUUCUAGUCAGGCUGAUAGUGGAGCCCAGGGGCCGCUGUCCAUACACCUGGGUGGAAGCAAGGCUUUAGCCCUUGGGAACUAUUCACCGGGGCCUGGUCUGCUUUGCUUGGCUUCACUCAUCGCAGUCCCUUGACAGCGUGGAAAGCACUGUGGAAAGGAGGAGUUUGGUAUGGGAAAAGAGAAUGCAUAGAUGGUGGCCACCAUCUUGGAUUGUUGUGGGUGAUGUCCCAACAGCUCCCCUGCAACUAAAAAGUCUCCAGAAAUUUAAGUGAGCAAAUUCUUCUUCACUUCUGGCCAAAGGAGAGAGGGCACACCCUACCACCAAAUCCCUCACAAAAGAUGCCCAAAGAUUUGGUUGACAUCAGAAGACCAACAGAAGAUGUGGAUUUCAUGAAAAUAUCACAGGCCCUUGAGCCAUUAGACCGCGUAAGGGAACUGGCAUUUGGGACCCUGGGGUCUCUACCAUCUACUCAUCAGCAACUCCAUAUUCCUGCCCAGUUGAACUUGGCCUUCCUCUGUCAUCCUGGAAAGAGAAGAGUGGCCUCAGUUGAAGUGCAAGUCAACCCAUGCCUCUCCAAAAGAGGAAUCAGUGUCUCACCUCACAGACUAACUUUGGGGUAGGUGGGAAAAGCCAGAGAGGGUCCAAACAACAUCUGGAGCUGUCCAACCUAAAGAUCCCUCGAGAGAAAGCAUUCAGGGGCAGGACAGGAGAGCCUCAGAGACCCCCCCCCCCCCGGGGUGGGAAGGGAAGCUGCCUCCUAGGAAAUUAACCAAAGACACAACACAGAGACACAAGGCCAUCGUGGCCCUUGAUCUCUUACCUGGAGCAGCUAUGGUCUAGGAAGGCUUGCAGGAGACCACAAAGUAGAAUUCAGUGAGGAGCCAGCCAAGGGGGUGGUCAGAUGACCUGUGGCUUCCAGCUCUAGAGGUUUGGAAUUGUAAGAAAGUGAGACUCGAGGGGUUAGGCACAAGUGUCCUUACAGAGAAUGACCAGGCCAGGAGGCCUCCUGUGGCUAAGGGUGGAGGCCAGUCUCUGAGCAGGGACCAGAGCUGGACAUUCGGGGUGUAGAACUACAAGACACGAGCCACCCCCUCCUCCCCUCUCCUGGUGCUGCCAGUGGGGGAGGGCAGACUCUGAUGAGUGACAUCUGGAUCUCAAGAGCCUUCUCAGUAGGGGUGAAGGAACCACAGCCAAGCAGGAGACCCCAGUGGGCACAUGUGAUGAAUUCCGUCUUGCCAGCACCCCAGAUUACAGCAGCUCUGGCUGUCUGUCUACACUGGAUGGAGGAGGGAGGAGAUGGCUAGACAUGCAGCCAAGCCCAGUGCAUGGAAUGAUAGGAAAAGUCAUGCCAGCAGGAGGUAGGGGUGUUCGUGUAUGUUUGUUUUUAUAUUUGUGUUUCAGGGGCUGGAGGUCAAGGACAGACAUGGACAUAUAACAUAGUCCAUAGCAGGCAAUAAUAGACUGUGUGUGUGUGUGUGUGUGUGUGUGUAAGAGAGGGGGGGAGAAAGAGAGAGAGAUGAGAGGGAGAGAGAGAGAGAGAGAGAGAGAGAGAGAGAGAGAGAGAGAACAUGAGUGAAAUGGGGAAGGAGACCACUCUGGACCAGCAGCAGAACCCUAUCUAUAUAAAAACAGGAGAAGCCAUGUCUCAAUGGGGUUCUGGUGAGUACAUGAAUGAAUGCAGGUGUACAUAAGAGAGUGUGUGUUUGCAUGAGUGUGUAUGUGAGUCUGUGUGCUGAAUGGCAGAGGAUGGAGUAGGCAGGAUACAACCUGCAGUGUAGCCAAAUACAUGUAAAAGGAGAAGCCAUGUCAUCAGGGGGUCCAAUGUGAGUCUGUGCACAUGUGUGCAAGCUUGUGUGCCCCCCCAGACAGCAGGAGGAGGGCAAACCAAACUGCCAUGUCCCAUGGGUGGAUGUAUGCUGUACUAAAGGAGUCAUGUGGAAAUGGAGUUUGUGAGUGUGUGUGUGUGUGUGUGUGUGUGUGUACACUCAUGCCCAUGUGUGUGCAGACUGCACCUAUGGUCUAGCUUACAUCACACUUAGAGGUGGCCAAGCAUCAGUAAGUUAGGAUGCCAGGGUUUGUUUGCACACCUGUCAAGGAAGGGAUCAUUUGUCUCAGCUUUCCCAAGACUCUGUGGGAAAGUGCACAGGGAGAUAGCCAAGCGGGGUAAAGUCCUUCUGGGGCUCACAACUGGUGACCCCUUUGCUAUAUGCAGAGUGUCCUGUUGAAAGGAAAAAUAUUUUCUUAUUUUCUGUGUGUUUUAUUUCCAAUCCCUGCUAACAAGAUUCCACUGAAAUCAUUCCCUGAUCUGUUCUCACUCACCGUGGGCAUUAACCACUGUCUUAAUAUUGUUCAAUACAAUUUUAUAGCACACGCCCACAUCUAUGCUCAUGUCACACGUGUGCUUUGUACAUGACACUACAGAUGUGUCAUGUUCUUCUGAGGCUAUGCACAUAUGUAGAUUACAAUGGGGGGCGGGAGGAGAGGGGAAGGGUCAGUGGGAAGGUUUUUCAUAAAUGGAAUGAAGAAUGAUGGGUGACUAUACUGGGAUUGUUUUUAGACUCCUACACAGAAGAGGGGUGGCAUGCUACAGUAUCCCCCCCUUCUGCUCGAGCCUUAUAUCCAGAGGUGUGGCUAAUGCUCACCCUUUGGCCAGUGUCCUGUGUUUGUCCUAGAGACCAGCCCAGUGCCAAGCACCCUGGAGAUCACUCUGCCUGGCUGAGCUGUGUUUCUCCCAGGGUACUGAAGGUGGCGCAUCACCUGUGAGGAGGAAUGGAGUGAGGGAACCAGCAGGGGUGUGACCUCAGCGAGGCAGAUCAUUCAAGUGAAGACCUACCCCCACCCUGUCAGGGGAACAGACACACACAGAGCUGGGGCUGGGGUACACACACAGAGGCACUGAGGGGUGAUUGGGUAGCACAAAGGCUGGUUUGGAUGGGGUCAAUCAGACAUACCUGAGCAGGUGCCUGGCUGGCUGGCUGGCUGAUCCUAUGGGCCAGCCCUAAAUGAAGAAGUACCCCACUCCACUUGUUGGCCUGAGCUCCACUUGCACAUACUAGCCUUGAGGCUGUUGUCCCAGGAGCCUUCUUCUGUCUCUCCCUAGCCCUGCUUCCUGUCUUUCUGCUAUGGACAGACGAAACUCUGAGCAUUCUGUGGAUGCUCAGAUGGGGCCAGUGAGUUGGACUUGAAAUCUGAGGGAUGGGAAGCCACUCCUCAUCCUGGACUGAGUCUCAGCUGGAAGAGCACUUCCAGGUUCCUACACUUGUAGCCUGGGAUCAGGGAGGAGUGAACAGUUAAACACCACAUGAGAGAGCAGAAGUCAGAUCAGGCCCAUGUCCACCAAAAAGGACCAUAGGCCUCUUUCCUGCCUUCCUUUGGGUCCAGGGAGAGCUGAGGGUGGGGUGCAGCUGCUACUUCAUGCCACCUGAGGUCAUCCUGCAUCCCCAAAGCCGUUUCCUGUUGCAGGCACCAGCACCUGAACAGGACAAACAGCCCACUUCUGGAAUCAUCCUUCUGGGAUGCCCAUCUGGAAGGGGCCUUAUGUCAUGGACAAACAACUGUGUAGAUUUAACAUCUGGGGAUCACCCAAUCCGGUGGGCAGAUGCAAGAAUCAGGCUCAGUUCUGUGGACAGGUUUCUGGAUAAGACACAUCUGGAAGUCCCAAGUUGGGGUUGGAAGUGCACGGGUUGGAAGUGCACAUCUGGAAUAGGCCCAGCCACUUGCUACAGUAGAAGGGGCCUUGCCCCCUGUCUUCAUGCCCUGGAGUUAAAAUUUUAGAGUUGAGGUGUGUAUGAAAUCACAGAACUGUUUUAGGUAGAAGGCUGAUGUUCUGUACUAUAUAUAUAUAUAUGAAUGUAAAAUAUAUAUGCUGUAUAUAUAUGCACAGUGUAUAUAUGACCCAUAUCCCCUGUGUACACAACCCUUUCCUGCACGUCUGCACAUGGAGUAUACAGAACCUAGCCAGUAUGGGUGGGGACCCAGUGAGAGAUGGGGACCCAGUGAGAGAUGGGGACUGCAGCAGCAAGGUCAGGUGUAAGUCAUACAGCCCAUGGGAACAGGACAGGCCCUAUCAAUAUCAGUACUCCUGAGCACGACAGAGGACAGAAGAGUGUGGAACUGGCAAGUGGUCACGGGUGGGCAUCUCCAUCUGGGAAUCUAAGGCAGGACAGGUGGGUGUGUCUGGGGAAUAAGACCAUACCAGUCCUUGGAAAGCCAAUGUGACAUUCUAGUCCCAGGGCAAUUGCUAGGAGAAGGAGGACCAGGAAAGAGGAGGCUGUUCCCCACCCGCUCUUAUCCCUGCCUGCAGAGUUGCUGGUGGGUGUCAGGCAGAGGAUUGUGGGUGGCAAAGGCCUUACGUAUGCAAGCUCUCACAGCUCAUUGCUAGAGCAAGCACCUUCUGAAGAGAAAGGCCCGAGGGCAUUGUUGGCAUGCCCAUGGAGUAUCCUGAUGUCCUAGUUAUGGAUCCAGCUCUCAUUCUCCUACUUCUAAAACAGAGGCCUUCAAAUCACCCCACAGUUUGUCUGUUUUACUUUUACAGAUCAAAACUCUGAGGCCUCCCAGUAGGAGGAAGAGUCAUAGGUGCAGUCAAAUGCCAACCAAGAGUCUGCCCUAGCCCAGACCCAGGGACUAGCUGUCAGGGAGCCAUCAAGGAGCCAGAGAGGCAAGGUGGGAGAUGAGAGGCAAGAAGGCAGUUCCUGUCCUUGCCCAGCCCCAUGCUGUCUGCCCACCCCUCUCCCUGCUCCUUCCCCAAUAGGGCAGCAAGCAGAGAGCCACAGACCUCUGUCCCUGCCUUGCCUGGAUCUGUCUGUUGAUGGCAAUUUGAGCCCUUCAGCCCCUUCCUGGAUCCUGGCAUCUCUGGAGCAUGCAGGGGAGAGGAGACCUAGACUUUGCUUCUGUUUGGUCUGCAGCCUGCUGUCUGCUUCAGCCCCAGCCCUCAGGCCAUCAGCACUUAAAUGCCAGACCAGCUUCUGUGGCCCUGGCCAAGCGCAUCUCAAUCCAGCCACUGAGGAGAGUCCCAUUCUGGCUCCACAGAGACCAGAGGCUCCAAGGGCCCUCAUACCACUGUGCUCCAAAACCCCAGCCCACCCCUGCCUGGGCCGACUUCCUGGCUGGGUCUCUGUGAUGGGGACCUCAGUUCCCAGCCCCUGGGCUGAACCCCCAGACAGCACCAUGGGCCUCCAAAAGCCCUGGCCUGUCCCACCACCCAGACCAGAGUGCCUGGAUGCCCCCCACUCCUACUCAACACAGUUCCCACAUGCUGGUCUCUGGGCCAUUCAGGGGGUGCCCUUUGUGGACAUGCAGAAUUUCUAUGAAUAUAGUUUUUUGUAAACAUUUUGUAACAAUUUGGGUUUCAUAGUAACUGUGUUACUUGCCAAUCAUUCUAGGCUGAUGUAAAUACAUUUCCAAACAAAUCUGAUUAUUUUCCUUUUUAAGACACUGUGAUAUA